GGAAUUGGUAUUUUAAAUGUGGAGAAAGGAGAGAUUUUUUUCGGACUUCUUUAAAUGAUUAUGCCCUCUCUUCGCGCGUCGCGAGGCGGGAGAGGAACGAGGGGCCCUCGUACUCGACGUUUCCCGCCAAUCGACGGCCGCCAAUUUGCAUAUCGAUGUAUAUCGAUGAUCUCAUCGCUCGUGGGCAAGUUCCGACAAUUGCGGUGAAUGUGCUCUUUUUCAAACAUGGGGAGGUUAUCUUUUUGAACAACUAACAGUACUAUGUGGAACCUCGGUAACCGCGCUGCCGUGGUGUUGACGUUAAGCGUGACGUGUGGGUGCGUGCUGAUUUGCAGCGCCUGGGGCGCGAUCCUGGCGUUAGCGCUCACCCUGUUGUUGGUGGUGUACGCGUGUUAUUCCCUGCUCGCAAACGACAGUCUAGUGUCGCCGCACGCGUAUCAGAUACUCAGCUACCUGAGCGAGGCGGUCCACGAGCUCGGCGCGGCGUUCCGCGUCGCCUACGGUUACGGUACCGGACAAGUGCGUAAGCUCGGGCAGAGUGCGAGCCGUUGUUACCGCGAACAUUUUCCGUUCAGGAUGCCUAAGCGACGCGCGAGCACUUAUCAGUUGAGCAGCGAUCCUUGCGUCGCCGUCAAGCGUAAAGACUCCUCGCCAUCGACCUCUGCCUCGUUCUCAACCAGGUUCAGCUCGAUCGGCCAAUUGAGCCCGAUCCCGCAUCAUUCGCGCGUUGACGACGUGCUCGUGGUAGACGGUAAGUUCUACGACGCCGGCGACAAUGAUCGUUUGUCGAGGAAGCGACAGCAAUCCGUCUUUGGCAAGCACACUUCCACGCCAGUGGAAAGGAUCAAACCCGGUGACAGAGAAGGGAACUAUAAAAACGGCGACGUCGAUCCCGAAUCGCGCCAAGUAUCUUCUAAGAGGAUGUCUCAGUCUUAUAUGUCCAGCUGUGGUGAGAACAUCACGCAGUUUAGUCCUGAGGGCUCCCCAUGGGGCGUGAGUAUCAGUCCUACCAUGCGCCCUAGACCAGCAGGUAUAAAGACAGUUCAGACCGUUGCCGGACCCUUGUUAGCAUCGACAAGAUAUAAUAUCGAUCCAAAGGUCUAUACGGAUGUGACAUCACCAGGUCUUACAACAAGAUUAACCAAGUAUGCUACAGAGGCAAAGAGUAAAUUGAUUCAUCAAUCUCAGUAUGGUGCCGGGCAGUUUCCAAAAGUUAAUCUUUAUGCGAGUCCAAUUCCUCUGCUGAAUGCAAAAUCUACAAAGAUGAGAAUGCCUGUGACAGUAAGGGUAGCAGCGCCAGAUGUGACAAAGUAUUCUCCACCUGAAAGGCAAAAGAUUCUGUCUAAUAUUUGUCACGCAGAGAACAGGUCACCCACGAGUGUUGUACAAGUUUUAAAAGAAAUAUCAUUAAAACGACAUGCAUCAACGGAGGAUGUCAGUUUUGAUGUUGCUAAGAAGCAAAAAACAGACAGUUUUUUCAAUGAGGAAAGAGAAUUAGUUUUGGAAGAAAACAAACAGAAACGUAGCAGGGACGAAUCGUCCAAAUCGGAAGAGGAUCUUUCUCCUCAAAGUAAACCUGUCAGACCUGCAAAACGUACAAAAACACGAUCUUGUUACGAUAUCUUGAAUUCAUUGAGUUCUAGUAUGCAUGUUGCUACUGGUGUUAAAAGAAAAGCAGUUGAUUUCUCACGUAGUGGGACACCCGAUUUCGAAAAGCACUUCAAGUCAUUGGAAAAUCCACAUUCUAAUAAUUCUCCUAUUGUGCUGCAGUCUCAAAAUUUAGAUAGAGAUCAUACAGAUAAAUCUGAGUCAAAAGAAGUAUAUUCAAGAAAUCUUGAAACACUCGAUUCUAAAAGAAUGCAGGAAUUUCCACUGGUGAAAGGAAUAUUGAAGUCAUCUAACAAAGAAUCAAGAAGCAAUUUAAACAAAGCAACGUCUGUAGUAAUUCACAAAAAUACAAAAAAAGAUGUCACCGAAACUAAUGAUAUCAAAUCCGUUUCAUCAAAAUUCGUCAAAUUAACAGAAAAACUAUUUAUGAGAGCCGAACCUGAACGGAACGAACGAUUGAAAUCGCUUGUAGAAGAACCAACUAACAUAAAAGUCAAGUUUGCAACAGAUAAUGUAGAAGAGAUAAAGAGGGACGACAUACGAAAUAUGAGGCAAACUAAUAUGAAGGCGAGACUACAAAGUAUGUUUGAUGCAAUCUCAGGAAAAGCUGAGAAUAAAAUCAAUCCAGACGUCGUGAUACAAGCGGACGAUAUUAACGCGACAUUUACGCCACCAAUCACAUGUUCGGCCACUUGCGCGACUCUUAAUUCUUUGACAACCACGACCAAUAUCAAUACUACUCCGCUUUCUACUGCGGCUAUUAUUCCAAGUGGUAGUUUUUCUUCAUCGAGUCCUGAUGCGAAACUUGGUACAAAAUCGGUCAUAAUUUUCAGUGCACCGAAUGCUACACCAAAUACUACACUGAAUACUACACCGAAUGCUAUACCGAAAGCUACACCGAAAGCUACACCGAAAGCUACACCGAAUGCUAUAGCGAAUACUAAAGUGCAAUCGAACGUGCCGUCAAUAAAUAAUAAUACUCUUAAAACAAAAGAAACAAAUGAUCAAGCGAAAGUUGUACCAAUUACACCCGUGAUUGCGAAUACAGAAUCUUUACAGAAAAUUAUAUCUUCGACUCCAAGUACAACACCAACUUUCAGUUUCGGCAAACUUGCUACAACGCCGAGUAAUUCAUUGCCGAACUUUGGUACUAAUAUAUCUAAUAACAAUACCUUUACAUUAGCUGCUACUACCACAAUAACAUCUCCAUCAACGUCUAUUAAUUUCUCAGCGGCCAAUAAAACGCCAUCGAACUCGACAUUUGCACUUGUGACUUCUAACGCUACGAUUGAGACGAAAAACAUUAUUUCUACAAGUGCAUCCGUUAAUUUAUCUACUAAAAUCAAUACUACACAGGCUAAUCCUACCUUCACUCUCGCUAGUGGCAAAUCCUUUUCGCAUCCCGUUGCGAUCGCUCAAAGUACAAUAUCAAGUUUAUCAACUCAAUCCACAUUGCCAGUUAAAACUUCACCAUCAAUCAGUAUCACCGGCUUUAACAAUAAUACAAGCACUACAUCAAAUAAUCUCACAACAACAACAUCUGCGAUUCCACUUUCAUUCACUUUUGGAAACAACAGUACCGUUUCGCAACUUCCCAAGUCGAAUAAUUUCAUGUUGAGUCAAUCUAAUAGUAAUACUCAAUCGAAAGUAAACGCUUUUGGAAAUUCUUUGAGCCAGACGACAUCAUUGCCCCAAGUUACGACUAAAUCUUUUAAUUUCACAUCUAAUAUUUUGGUGACGACCACUGCAAAUAACCCAUUUACGAAUAUUACAAAUACCACAUCGUUAACGACAUCGACAUCGACCGGAUUAUCUAAUGCACCUGCGUUCUCGCUUAGUACAUCCACCACUACUUCAACAUCUACUUCAUCUACCAGCAAACCUCUGUUUGUUUUUGGCACUUCCAAUACUUCAAACACGACAUCAACAACUGCAGUUCUACCAGUUACAACUGCCAGCAAUAUAACCAAUUUCAGUGGGAUGAAAAAUAAUACCGUUCUCCCGUUUGGUGUGUCUACCACGACUAUCACUCCGCAAUUUAACACACCUACAAUUACUGUUCCACAAUUUGGUGUACCCACCACAUCCAUUUUCGCUACUACAUCGAAUACAACGACGAGCACAAAUAUCUUUGGUUCGACUAGCAACAGCCAAUCAUUUUUCGGAACCGCAUCAACUGUACCAGGAACUACAGGCAUAUUUAACAAUCCAACGACUACGGUGCCUUCAAUUUUCGUUACGACAACCAAUACUGCAGCUUCAUCAAACAGCACGAUCAGUUCCAAUUUAUUUGCUAAUGCUAAUACCAAUUUGACUCCAACGACCACUACAUCUUCAAUGUUCGGCAGUGGCACGCCAAUUUUCGGACAGACAAAGCUUUCGCCGUCCUUCGGAACAGCAAGUGGCAUGUUUGGCAGCACGACAUCAUCGUUGUUUAAUUCAACCACACAAGUCGUACCGACCACAUCCACAUUCAGCAUCACCGGAAACGUUUCUACCGGUACGAUCACCUCUGGCUUUGACAGCAUAAACAACACGACACUCGGGUUUGGAACACCAAACGCAGGAACAUCGCAGACAACAUCAGCUUUCGGCAGUACAACCACUAUGUUCGGUUCGACCGAUAAAACCACGUCGAUUCCCCUGUUCGGAACGAACACUACGCAGGCUAGUGGAACUUUCGGCAUCGCUUCGACGACGAGCACUUUCGGCACGCAAAAUCCUACGAAUCUCACGUUUGGGACUGCAGCAAGUAAUAGUAAUAUAUUCGGUGAUAAUAAAUCUCCCUUCGGCGCAACGCCCGCGACCACUACCGGCUUUGCGGGUACAUCUACAUCGUCUUCGAUUCCCACCUUCGGUACCACUAAUGCUAAUAAUGCGAGCAAUAACACAAAUACUAUGUUCGUCUUUGGAAGCAAUCAGAAGGAUGGGCAACAAAAUACUACAUUUUCUUUCGGAUCCAAUUUUGCUGGAAGCAAUAAUUCUACGGCUGCAUCAUCUACUCCGUUCCAAUUUGGAUCUACUUCCAAAUCAGCACCAACAGGAUUUAACUUUACCACACCACAGCCAGCGACUACUACUCUUAAUUUUGGAACAUCAGCAGCACCGACCUUCAAUCCUUCGACACCUGGUAUGUUCAAUAUCGGGAGUGGAUCUACCGCGCCGCGAUCUAGGACAAUUCGUAUGCGAAAACCAAGAUGAUGGAGAAUGUAAACGUCGCUCGUUUGAGUGCAUAUUUUUGUUUGAAAUAUAUAUAUAUUUGAAGUGUUUAUUCAAUUAUAUUAUUUUAUAUAUAAUUUCGUGCGGAUAUGAAACAUAUAAUUAAUGCACAUACCACAUUCGA